GACAGAAGAAAAGUAAGGAAUUUGAAAAAAGAUGUUGCAAAGAGCUGCUAGCAAUGCAUAUUCAUGGUGGUGGGCUAGCCAUGUCAGAACAAAGCAGUCAAAAUGGUUGGAACGUAAUCUUCAAGAGAUGGAGGAAAAGGUAAAAUCUGUGCUUAAACUCAUUGAAGAAGACGGAGACACCUUUGCGAUAAGAGCAGAAAUGUACUUCAAAAAGAGGCCAGAAUUGAUUCGUUUCGUGGAAGAAUCUUACAAAGCUUACCGUGCGUUGGCCGAGCGGUACGAUCACUUAUCAGCUGACCUGCAAACUGCCAACACCACAAUUGCUUCCGUUUGUCCCGAUCAAAUCCAGUUCUCUAUGGACUACGAUGGCGAGUAUGGCUCCUCGAGGUCCCCGGUCGAGUCUCCGGAAAACUUCAUAGGCAAUAUCUCCAUGGUUCCGGAGCUACCUGUCAAGGGUUUAAUAACAGCAGCUACCAAGAAAAUGCAACAUAAGAAAUCAUCAAAAGAUGCUACCAUUGCAGUUGCUAAAUCUGGAUCGAUGAAAGCGGAGGGAAUCGAAGAGAUUGAUAGGCUUCAUAAACAAGUCCUGGCAUUGCAAACCGAGAAAGAGUUUGCCAAGAGUUGUUAUGAGAGUGGAUUGGCGAAGUAUUGGGAAUUAGAUAAUGAGAUAAACCAAAUGCAACAGAAAAUUUGUGGUUUGGAAGAUGAAUUUGGUGAAGGUAGAGUCAUUGAAGACAAUGAGGCUCGAAAUGUUAUGGCCGAAACAGCUUUAAGAUCAUGCGAAGAGACAUUGGUUCGGAUGCAGGAGAAACAUGAAAGAUCGGUUACGGAAACCAAAGUGGAGAAGAAAAGGAUUGAGGAUGCCAGGGAGAAGUUGUUUGUACUCAAGAACAAGUUUGUCUUAAACGAAUUCGGCCUGGAAAAUCCAUCUGCCGCAGAAGAUGGGGAGUGUGAAGGUACCAAAAAGAGAAUGGACAUGGAGUCCUUAGUGGAUAAGAUGAAAGAGAAGUUUGAGGUUGGCCUCGGUGAAUCUUUGAGUGUUGCAGAAAUGGAGGACAAGAUUGAUGAACUUGUGAACAACGUGCUCAACUUAGAAACUGCGGUCUCAUCUCAGUCGGCUCUUAUCGAGAGACUAAGGGUAGAAACUGAUGAACUUCAAGCCCAGAUUCAGGCUUUAGAUGUUGAUAAAUGCAGCCUUGCUGAUGGAAAAAUCCACUUGAUGAACAAGUUAAGGAAGAUGGAAGAGAAGUUGCAUUGGGUUCAGGACUUGAAACAGAUUGUAGAAGACCGAAACAAUGAGCUCCAAACUCAAUUUACUGAAGCACGUUGUAAUAUAGAUCGCCUUUCGGUGCAAAUGCAUAAUGUCAAAAUCGACGAGAUCGAAUCAUCAGAGAACAAGAUCAAUGAUUGUGACAAGAUGCCGAAGAAGGUGAAUGCAGGCCAGGAGUCUGAGGUUGCUGAUGUAUCAGAAAGGGAGAACUCUCCAGCUGAUGUCAAAUCCGAAUUGGAUACUGAAAAGCAAAAGGACAUGAACCAGCAAGCAAGUGAUGGAUGUGGAAUUUUACCGAUUGUGAAACUGGAGAUGGCUGCGGUCUCUGUUCCAUCACGAAAAGAAGAGGACACUCUUGUUUCUGCCAAUGAAGGCAGUGUUAGUCAUGAAACUUCUAAGCCUUCAGAGAAAUAUGAAUACCAGAUAAAAGAGCAAGCUUCUUCAAUGACAGUGCGGACUCUUGCCGAAAAUGAAUCGAAAGAACCCAAACGAGGGCCCGAGGAGGAGCCAUAUUGGAAGCAGUUAUUCUUGGAAAGUAUGGACAACAGAGAGAAGAAUAUAUUGAUGGAACUCAUUACAAUGCUUAGGAACUACAAGGAUACCAAGAAAAAGCUCAUGGAAGUAGAGACGAAUAGCCAGAAGAGCCUGUCUGAUAUUAUGUUGCAGCUAAAGGAACUGAAGAACAUUAAUGCAAUGAAAGACGAAGAGAUUCUAUCCUUGCGUCAGGAAUUAAACCUUUCUCGAACAGGUCUCGGUGAAAACAACAAUACUGAUCAGUAUGCUGAACCUAGAGUAAGUACUGAGAAAUCGAUGGUGGUUGAAACCUCACUGGUUUCACCAUCCGAAGAGGAAGUAAGAGAAGACAUUGGGGAGAUGCUCCAUAAUCAAUCUCAAACUCUUUCAGAAAUAGAAGAAAAGUUCCGUAUGAAAAUCGAUGAACUGCUAAAUGAGAACUUGGAUUGCUGGUUCAGAUUCAACACUGCAGUCCAAGAGGUACUGAAGUUUGAGAAUGGAGUGAAGCGUAUACAGGUUGAGGUAUUGAAACUCGAUGAGCGAAAAAAGAAGGAUGAAAGUGGCACAGUGAAGUCUCCAUUAAUAUCGGACGUGCAACCAUUGUACCAACACCUGACAGAAGUUCAGACAGAACUGAAUACUUGGGUUGAAAGAAGCUUAUUACUGAAAGAUGAACUGAAGAACCGAUUUUCAUCUUUGUGUGACAUUCAAGAAGAGAUAACAAAGGAAUCGAAAGCAAGUGCUGCAGAUGAUGAUUUCAGGCUCACAAGUUACCAAGCGGCGAAAUUCCUAGGAGAGAUUUCGAACAUGAAAAAAGAGAAUAACAAAGUUGCUGAAGAACUCCAAGCUGGUUUAGAUAUUGCAAGAACACUGCAGCUUGAAGUUGAGAGGACUUUGGCAAAGUUGACUGAAGAUUUGGAACUUCCAGGAUCCAAGAACAAUCGAAGUGGCCAACAACACUCGGAUACUAGGAAUAGAAUUCCUUUGAGGUCAUUUAUCUUUGGUGUCAAACCGAAAAAGCAAAAGACAUCGAUAUUCGACUGCGUACACCCUGCACUGCAUCGAAAAUACAUUGGUCUAAGAUCGUUUUAUAGUAGCAAAUAGGUAAGCUGUUUCAUUGUGUUUGUUAGCUUCAAAGAUGCUUUCUUCGCUUUUAUCAAUACUCUCGCAGAAGACCACACUUUUUCCUUUUCUCAUUUUCUGUGUGAACUGGAAGAGCAUGUUUUCUGUUGGCUAAAUAUGUCUAUCUGUA